AGAACGCCUGGAAGAUAUUAGCGUUUUCAAAGAUGGAUAAGCCAAAUAUAAUUGAGCACGUACAUAAACCCUUAGAUUAUACGCUCUUUGAUGCUCGAUGGAUCCCUUGCAGUCCGAGAUUUGUUGUACUUGGAAACUACCCACGUGGCACUGGUGCUUUGCAAAUAUACGAGGUUUCGAAGGGCUCUGUCAAUCUCCUGAAAAACGUGAGUAAAACAUCAGACAUGCUGCAUAAUUUAAAGUAGUUCGUGUAGCUUGUCUGUCGCGAAACAAACGAACUGUGCGACAGACAAGUCACGCAAACGACUUCGUAAACGCUAAAAGUCACGCAAGAGAGAAACCUCUGUUCGCAGGGUAAUUUUAUAUCUGCCCUCAGUUAAGAAAAAAUUUUGAUUUUUAAAUACUGCAAAUAGAUCCAAAUAAUGAGCAUUCAAUUUAUAGGGUAUAUUAAUAUUAAUACUAUAAAUGCUGUUCACUUUAUAGGAUGAGAAAAGGACAGCUCUGAAAUGUGGUACUUUUGGUGCUUCAAGUUUGCAACAGAGAUAUUUAGCAACAGGAGAUUUUGAUGGGAAAAUGAUGAUAUGGUUUGUCAUUCAACUAACAAAUAAAUUGUACUGUUUAGAAUCCCACUAAAUUAUUAGAAUAACUAAAUGGUUGACAGCAUGAGACUUUUAAAAAAGGUGUUAUCAGUAUGUUAAGGCAGACCUAACUAGUAGCAAUGGCAGAGCCAUGCAAAAUCACCACCAAUUCCAUUUUGUGUUUCACCUACAGCCAACUCUCUCUAAGACGGACACCUUUGGGACCGGCAUCAAGUGUCCGUCUUAGAAAGAUGUCCGUCUUAUAAAGAGUCAAAUAAAGGGAAUAAGCAAAGGCAGGGACCAACUCUGGGUGUCCGUUUUACAGGGGUGUCUGUCUUAUAGAGGUGUCCGUUAGGAGAGAGUCAACUGUAAACUCUUUUUUUUAGCUUUUCUAUGUCCCUUUUACUCCAAGACCAUAUUAUGAGGAGAGCAGAGACCUUACACUGUCUUUUUGUAUGUACAUGUUGUGGUUCAAUUUUAUCCUUGGUUUAAAUUUCAUUGUAUUUUGUUUGAAACUUAUUAUCUUACAUUACCAUACCCAAAAACAAAAGAAAAUAAAAUUUAAACCAAGGAUGAAAUUAAACCACAACAUAUACACUAGUCAGGUAAAAUACCUGUAUUCAUUGCUGUAAAUAGUGGUAGACUGCCCCUUACCCUGGAAGGUUGGGUUAAAUUUUGUCAGGUACAUGCGCCACUGGCCUCUCUGAACCCCUUAACCCUAUUUAUACAGUGUUGUCUAUUCUGUAGCCAAUUGUAGACCCUCUUUUAGUCACUUUUGGGUAAAUGUAAUUUUUGCAAUCCCAACUUAGCCAAUUUCUGUUUAUGCAUCUACCCUAAAAAACCUUUUAACUAGGUCAUCCUGAAAUGAAUAGUAAUGUAAAAAUCUUCCCAAAUAGGACCACAUAUAGCAGUACCUCCGAGUUGCCUUAUGACAAGGAAGAACCCUCCCAGCCCUGCUUCCCCCCUCCUCCUCUCCCGGCCCCUUUCUUAAGAGAACAGGGUUUUCACUUAGAAUUCUAGUAGCAGGAGAAAGGUGUAAUGUUAUAGAGGAGAAUAUUUUGAAAGAGGCUGCACAUGUGUCUGAAUAAAAAAUAGUGGUAGGCUACCAAACAUUUUCCAGACUGCAUAGUUAACGGCGAAUUCUCCGAUCCCUAAUGAACACCCUGAGAGAAAUAGCUAAGCCACUGUGUAGAAAGAUGGUGCCAUUACCUCAAAUGGGAACUCCUUUUCACCUUCAUACAACUGUAAGGCAAACAUGUUUCCUUACACUUGAAUUUGGGUAGAAACUAUGCAUCUCAAGGUCCCUCAGGGCUUAAAAAAGACUUGAAUUCCAGUUUGUCCUUUGAGCAAGCUGCUCUCUCAUUUUGGUUGCCCAGGGCUACUUCUUGCUCUUCUUAGUUAAUGAUUUAGUUAGAUCAGUUGCUUGGACACUUGCCCAUUGGACAAGUGAAUUAUAAAAGUUACUUGCUCAGAAGGAAAUGUACUUCAAUAUCCUGGAUGACUUGAUGGUACUUUUUUCGAGCCCUGCCCCUACUAUUUUUCACUUGAUCUAACAAGUAACUUUAAAAUCUAUGGACAAUAUCUAUGGUGUUACCUUGAAUGAGGCCUUUACAGCAGAUUGUUUGGAUAGUACAUGUACUAUUAACAUUUCUUUAGAUUGUGUCUUUUGUUGGUAUAUCAUUUGUAUAUUUAAGUACUUACCAGUAAUGAAGUACCAUUUUGUUUUCAUGCAGGAAUCUUGAGAAUACUGAGAGACCAGUCUAUUCAGUCAAAGCUCAUUCACAGAUAAUAAAUGCUAUAGAUGGAGUUGGAGGUCUCGGUAUUGGGGAAGGAGCUCCAGAAAUUGUUACCGCGAGUAGAGAUGGUAAUUCAGUCUAGAGUUAUUGUAUUUUAUAAUGAUAAUAAUAACAGUUAUAAUAAUAAUAGUAAUAAUAUUAAUAAUAAUAAAACAACAAUUUUAUUCAAAAUAUGUACAUAAUUUACAGAAAUAUUUUGAAGUAAGGAUUAAGCACUAUACAACAUUAAAAAUUAUAUAAAUCAUAAAAAUAGAAUCACUGUGUCCUUGUGGCUCAGAUGUGAUCAAUAACUUAUGCAGGCAAGUCCAGUGUUUUAAGUUAAGUCAUGACAAAAGAGAAUUAUCCGUCUCUGACAUUAAAAAAGAAACAGGUUAGAAAAGUUCCUAUGUAAAAAAAACAAAACAAAACAAAAUAAAACAAAAAAAAAUGAUAAUAAUAAUAAACAUUCAAAUCCACUAGUUGUUCGUGGAGCUUUUAAUUCAGCAGUAUUAAAAAUAUAAGAUAUAAAACACUUAACUCUAGUAGUAAAUCAAACCAUCAUUGAUAAAUUUAAUUUCCUAAACAGGUAGGUCUAGAAUAUUAAUAAUUUUAUUAACAACUGUAAUAAGUAUCAAUUAAUAAUUAAUUACAUAAUUAUUUGUAAUUUAAGUAUUAAUAAUACUUUUAGCAAUAUUAUUGAAUGAGGUUGAGUAUCAUCUGAAGAAUUAUGGACAUCGAAGAGGGUUGCGGUCUUGUUGGAUAACACUGAGUUCGAACCAAAGGUUCGAUUGUAUACAUGCUUACUCAAUCAUCAUCAAAAUUAAUACAAUAUAAAAGGUAAAUAUCCUAAAGAGUACUCGACCAUUGGUAAAGUAGGAAGUGAAAAACUUUUAGAGAGGAAAUCCUGUUUCGUGUUGAAUUAAUUGUCUCCUCAUUUGUCCAAGCAAGCGAGACUUAAUACUUUUUUAAGAGCGUUCUUGUUUCAUCUUUUUAAAAACGCUGGAUAUUGGCCUUGCUCUUUCUCCACAUUAAGAAAAAUAAAAUUAAUCAAAUGUAAAAAUGAACUUGGCCAAUAUCCAUUCGUCUUGACUUUGUACUUCGUGAAUGAUGCGUAUAAUUCAUUUUUCAUUUGCCAGGAUCAGUAAAAGUCUGGGAUCCUCGUCAAAAGGACAAACCAGUUGCUAACAUGGCUCCAGCGGAGGGAGAAGAGGGUAGAGACUGUUGGUGUGUUGCGUUUGGUAAGCUUUAAAUGUGUCUUUUUUUAAAAUUUCAUUACAGAGAUUUAUGCUACUACAUGAGAAAUUUCUGCAAUUUGAUUGGCUUAGAACAGUGGUAUUUCAGCUUAAUUUGAAAUAACUACAUGUGAAAAUUACAAACCUUUUGUUGGUAGUAGUAUAAACAAAUAAAAUAGCAUUAUUUGUACGUGAUAUUUGGCAUAAAUACCACUCGUGAUAUUUCAAAAUUGUCGCCUUAAACGGCUCGUGAAAUUACAUAUAACAAUUUUGAAAUAUCACUCGUGGUAUUUAUGCCAAAUAUCACUACAAAUCAUGUUAUUACCUAUACUAAUAGUUUUGAUCAUGCACUGUUAUAAUAAGUGGAAUGGUUAUUGUGCAUGUUAUACAUGUAUAGGUGUAUUCAUGACUGUCUCUUUGGGAAGGUGUGGCCUUGGGAGGGAUAUUGACUAAAUUUUUCGUAACCUGACUGUAGGAGUCAUCAGUACUCUAUGUUAUAAACCUAGCUAAUGACUUUUUAUAUUAUUUCACCAGAUGCAAUUUGUAUAUUAUUUAUUAAUGCCCCUUAAGUAAUAAUAUAUAUUUUUGUCUUCUGUAAUUACUUGCAAUUUGCUUGGGUUUAGUAGCUGCAGUUGCCCUUAUUCAGCAACAUUUGUUAUAACGUGAUAAGUAAAUUGGCUUAAAGUAUCAAGUCAUUGGUCAUAGUUUAUGUUGCAUACAUGUAGUACUUCCAUAGAGCGGUUUUCAUUUGAGUGUCGAAAAGUAAUUGGUUUUGCACUUUCUACACGAUGCGAUUGGCUUAAAAGAUUCGCGCCACCUUUUCAUCCAAUCAGAAGUAAAACCAAAGCCAAUUGUGACACGCUCACAUGCAUUUUCCCGCGCUUUGUGUCAGCCACAUGUAAUUACUUCGAGUUUUGAUUGGUUCAAUGUAUUGUCUGUGUCCUAUGUGAUUGGCCAGAAUAAUUACUUUGGUUUUGGUUUUACGACACUCAAACGAAAACCACUCUAUCAAGGAAUGUCAUGACAACAAUAAUAUUAGUUCCCUCCUUUGUUUGUUCCUUUUUUGUAGGUGACGCAUUUAAUGCGGAGGAACGCACUGUUGUUGCAGGCUACGACAAUGGAGAUAUCAAGAUGUUUGACUUGAAAAAAAUGGCCGUCAGAUGGGAGACAAACAUUAAAAAUGGGGUACUCUUUCUGAUCCUGUUUGACAUUUACUGUUUAGUAAUAAAAUUAAUAUAUCAAACAUGCAGUGUUUCAUACAAGAAAAUCACACAGCUGGAAGUGUGUUUCGGAGCCAAGUUUUUUUCACACUAACAUUGAGUUGUCUGGAUAUCAGUCUGAGACAAAUCAGUGUUUAGUGUUUGCAUGAUAUAAGCUUCAAAAAUAAACAAUAAAAAAACAUUAUUAUUCUUGAAGAAAUUGAAAGCUAUAGCUUACAAACGUUUUUAGGCUGUUCAUAGUCUCCUGCUUAUUUUUUCAUAAGUUUGUCAGGAUCGAGUGCUUUCUGGUACUGGCGGCCAUCUUGGUUGCAUAUAUACCCGGGGGGGGGGGGUAGUUGGGGUUAUAGCAGUGAGGGGAGGGUGGCUUCAUCCCAAACCGUGCCCUGCCCUGCCCUGUAUUAAAGUAGAUUUGACACUCAUUCAAGAUGGCCACCCUUAAUGCAAAGUGCUCGAUCGCGACAAUCUUAUGGUAAAAUAGAGGUCCAUGAACAGUCUAAAACGUUUUGUGUUAAUUAUUUAGGACAAAUAUCCAAUCCUUCUUCAUGGUAGUUCCCUUCUUUGUUUUCUCUCCAUGUAUUUUUGGUACAAGUAUUAAUUAUUCAAACCGUUCAGGAUUUUGUAUUGUCUCAAGAUUACAAACUUGAUGCCAUGUGGUAAUCUACAAGUGAUGACAAAUGUCAUUUACUUUUGCAGUUUUGUUACUCCUUUCUAACCAACUCAGCUGAUAUAUAUUUUUUUCUAUAUAAGAACAUCUAUUUUUUAAGUUGAGCCUGGACUGUUCUUAUUUUCUGGGCAGUUUUAGCAAUUUCAAUAACGGAAAUCUGAUAACUCUUUUUCAGCUACAUAAAUAUUUUAAAUCUGAUGACAGGAAGCUUGUUUUAGCAUUCAAUGUAUCACAUUACACUGAGUCUUUAAUGUGGCUUCGCCCCAUGCAUCAUACACGAGAAUCACAAAGUUCAGUUAAUUUCUUCUAAAGCAUCUUUCUCAGGCCAGCCUACCCUUGCCCAAUUUGGGAAUGUGUUUAAAGAACAAAAUUUUACAUGCACUCUGAUUGCAUGUAAGACAUUAUGAAAUACAGAUUUUCUGGUUCUAGGAAAGUUAUAGGAAUGAAAAAUGAAUAUUGUUCUUCUCUGAGACUCGGAUAUGUUCUUAGCAAGUUCUUAAUAUUUUGGCAAAUUUCUGGCUGAACAUUCUUAGAUUCCCCAUCCCUUUCCCAUGUUUUGUAGGUCUGCGGUGUAGAAUUUGACAGAAAGGAUAUCAUGAUGAACAAACUAGUUGCUACUACAUUGGAAUCUAAAUUUCAUGUGUUCGAUGUGAGAACACUGCACCCACAGAAAGGAUUUGCUUCUCUCUCUGAAAAGGUAAAUUGUGAUUAAAUGUUUUUAUGUGUGAUUCUUAGUGGAGUAAUCACAGUCUGGGUAAUCGAGGUUUUGACGUUUUACUUAUAAUAUUUGGGACAGGUUAGGAGCUAGACAACUAACAACUGGGUCACUGCACUCCUGCUGGGUAUUUUCGAGAUUAUGUUGUGUGGUUGGCAAUGGAAAUGGGCAAAAUGAAGCCAGGCUUGUGGUCUGAGUAUUAAAUAUUCAGUCAAGCAGGCAAGGGGGCCAGUGACUUGCCCGUUACGAUUUCAUGAUUCACUACAUUCCCACAAAUAAAAUUUGCUGUAACAAAUUCUUUGCGUGGUUAGAAUGGCUGGAUAUAGUGUUGUUGUUUCAUUGCAUUACUGGGAAAGACCUUUAGGUAACCCCUCACCGUAUUCUUAACUUUGAAUAGGCUCAUAAAUCAACUGUUUGGUGUGCUAGACAUCUACCUCAGAAUCGGGAAGUGUUCAUGACAUGUGGUGGGUCUGGGUCACUGAAUCUCUGGAAAUAGUAAGUACAUGCUAUCUUAUUGCAUGGCUAGAAGUCAACUUAUGAACUUGGGUCUCUACGAUUAUCUCCAAAGAAACUGAGUGAGCAGAUUGAUCAAUUCUUGCCUUUUUUUAUAGCUUAUUACCGUUAAUAAAAUAAUGUUAUAAUAAAGUUCACAAAUUUCAUUUAUGGUGCUGUCUUUAGAGGUAAAAAGGGUCAUUUCUAAGAUUUUUGUCACCAGCAAUAUAAAUUAAUGAUUAUUACAUGAAAAUCUAUACAGCUGAAAAUGACCUUAGACAGAGUUUAUGGGGGCACUAGAGUACAUUUUUGUAAGCGUUGUGACAAAUUCACAACGGCAAACACACAGUAGAUUUAUACAAUGUAGUAGUUGUCAGGACGUUAACAGUUUUCUACGGUGUACCAUCAGUUCAGCUUGUGUCACCAUUAAGGCCGGUAUGUAACACUGUACAAUUGCGGGACAUUUUCCGGCUCUAGUCCCUUCUCGUUUCUAAGGUGGUGAAUGUUACCAGGAAACUCAGAAAACUGUGAACUCUAUGGAUGUUUCUGGGGUUGUAUCUGUGUUGCAAGGAAAAAGCUAACCAGGUACGCGAAAACUAAACGUUUUGUGGCUGGCUCACUUGCGUUGAUCUUUUCCUCAACCAAGAUUCCUGUAAUACUGAAUGUUUCAGGCCUCGAUUGCUCAAACGUUGGAUAACGCUAUCCACCGGAUAAUUCACUAUCCAGUGAAUAAGUAUUACUCAUUAAAACAACUUGCGUUAUUUACUUGAUAGAGAUUUGUUCAGAUUUGUCCUGUUUUCUGAGUUGUACAGUACGAGCUAAUGUACCGCGUACAAGAUAUGUUUGUAAUAAUAUGCUUUUUUAUACUUUAGCUCUUAUCCUGACCAGCGGGUGAAGAAAGAUCCUGAUGACUUGGAAAUGGGCGUCAUUGGUUCAGUUUCGUUACUUCAAAAUGCUAAUUUAUCAACACAGCCAAUCACAUCCUUCGACUGGAGUCCAGAUAAGGUUAGUAGGGCGGAUCCAGAAAAUUCAGAAAGGGGAGCCGGAACACUUGCUACACUGUAGCUAUCUAAAUGGAUCAUAUUUAUUUUAUCGAGAAUUCUGUUAAACAGAGGCCCAUAGCCCGCGUGGAGCUAGCAACUCCCAUACUAGACCAAUGUCAUGGCGAUUUCACGGACCGCUUUAUAAGUAUAUUUUAGAGCACUUUUUCCCGCAAAAAUGGACGCUCGGCUCCGUCUGUGAGCGCAUUCACAGUAUCACUCACACUUGUCACUUAUCCCGUUGUCAAUGACCGUUGAGGCACCACGGACGUUGCAACAGUCUCCCUCCAUUUUAUUUUGUUUUCAGCUUCUCUUAAAGCGUCGCAAAACUUCAACCCUGUCCAUUCAGCGAUGUUCUUCUCCCAACGCUUCUUUUGGCGGCCCCUUUUUCUCCCUCCUUGCACUGUUCCUUGUAAAAUCGUCUUGGCAAGCCCUGAUGAUCUUGAUGCAUGCCCAAACCACUUUAACUUGCGUCUCUUUACUGUUGUUAAGAUGUCAUCAUAGAACACUCUCUAUCAAAAAAGAACACUAAACGAAGGGUCUCAAUGGGGUUAACCGUUAGACGUCAAACAACCUAAAAUUUAACCGUCAGCCCUCAAAAAAGGUAAUGAAUUUUUUACCGUCAACCGUCAACAAUGCAGAUUAAUAUUAAUUGGAAAAAAAUUAACCGUCAACCGUCAAAGGUACCACCCCAAUGAGACCCUCUCAACGUUGCUGACUGGUUUGUGGGUUUUAAAAGAUAUUUUAAAUGCGCGCCAAAACUUCCACAAUUUAACUGGUUUGGUCGGUGAAUACUUCAUGACACGAGUACUUCGGAGCUGCUCGCUUCGGGUUAUGGGUAGUCUCCUUCGAAGCCGCUCGGGCCGAAGUCAUUGCCUGACUCGGCCCGAGCGUCUGCGAAGGACACUAGGUUAUGGGCUCCUGUUAUAAAAUGAUUAAAACUUUUCACAGAAAAAUGGGAGGCCGUGGUGCCCUCGGACUACAACUAAAUCGGCCCAUGAGUAGCUGUUGCUUUAACUAUUCAUGAACUUCCACGAGAGGGUCUCAUUGCUCGAAGCGCUGGCGUGGUAUUUUCGCGCAAGGCGCGUGGGCCCCGAGAGUGAUGAAGAAAACGAAGAAGACGCGUAUUUUUCGCGUCUUUCCCCAGUCACGCUCUCCGUUUUCACCCUCACUCCACGCCUUUCCUUCUUCUGCUCGCGAGCGUGUUCUUAAUCUAAUUAAUUCGGGGAGCAAAGGAUGGCGCAGUAGUGAGAGCGCUCGCCUCCCACCAAUUCGGCCCGGGUUCAAAUCCUGGCGUAGAUGCCAUAUGUGGGUAAAGUUUGUUGUUGAUUCUCUCCGUUGCUCCGAGAGGUUUUUCUCCGGGCACUCCGGUUUUUCCCUCUCCUCAAAAACAAACAUUUCCAAAUUCCAAUUCGACCAGGAUUCAGGUAGACGAAGAACCACUUUGUGGAUGUGCUUUCUCUAAAUCGUUAUUUAUUUAUUUAUAUUUUUAAAAUCUAGCUAGAUAAAACAUACGGACUGUUUUGCAGUUUGUCAGUAGAUGAUUUCUUUUCCUUACGAGAACAAGGCGUAAGCCAGAUAAUUUCAAAAUAUUGACUGUUAUGCUUUGUCUUUACAGGAGGGCUUGUGCGUAUGUACCUCACUGGACCAGAGCUUAAGAGUGAUCAUUGUCACAAAGCUAAAGAACGUUUGACAACUAAGAUUCAUGAUGUAAUUCUGCGCAUUCGUUACAUACAGAAGAUCAUUUUACAGAGCAUUGAACUUCUUAAAUUAUUAUGUAAAUAAAGUAUAUAAACACCCAUUGGCAGUUUUUUUCCUAAAAAAAAACAAACGAACAAAACAAAACAAUACAAAUUAAAAUAAAUGCCGUUUUUUCCAAGAGCUUUUAUGUUAGCCUAUCUCUUGAACAAGGAACACAUUUUGCUGCGAGUUUUCCUUGAUCCAGUGUCUUGCUCUGACAAGAAAAAAAAACUUGCUCUUUUACUUUGAAAAGCUGAAAACUUAUCAAUUUUCUUCACUUGUAAGUUUUCUUGGCAAGUUUUUGAGGCUAGGUUUACACUAGAGUAAAUUUUUCCGGAUUAGUGACGAACCUGGAAUAUUGUGGUAUCGGAUUCGUUUGGUUGCGUGCCCGGAAAGUUUGCAUUCGGAAUCGAAAGUGAAUACUUGGUAGUUGAAUGAAUUAGUUGAAUGAAUUUUAUCGGGUUAACUGUUGCGUGUUAACGCCUAGGAAUCUGAAUAGUCUAAAUGUUACAAAUCCGCAAAUAUUUAUGAAUUUCGUUGAGCGUAAACCUAGCUUCAUUUUCAAGGAUCUUUGUUUUAUUUCAAUGCGGCUUUACUUGUGAGUUGAUUGCGUGCGGCGAACCGUUUGACUUUUGACCAAGAAUGGUCAUGUACUUGUGAGUCCACGAUACGACGUCGAUAAGCCGCAAAGCGCGGCUUCGCGAGUCAAAUGUGUUUGAGGUUAAAGGAGGAGAAGAAACUGCUGAACCUCAGGGUGUGGCCGAUGCUGAGAUACCCCAUGACACCUUUUCAGCCACAUUAUUUAAAACGUGUUUGUUUUAGUGAAGAGAGUUAAUUGCUAGUUCACACGCAAAACUACUGAGAAAUGGUUUGCCAUAUGAGUAGUCUGCUGUCCCAUAUUUUCCUAUACUUGAUGUUUCCCUUAGAAAAAUAUAGGGCAUUCUCGACCCCAGUGCUUACGCUUCUGACCGUCAUGCGCAGAAGAGCUCUGGGGUCGAGAUUAAAUGGAGGGCUACUGGUAAUCUAUGACGUAGCCUGUAAGUCAUACCCUCUCUACACCUGAUCAGUAUAUGUCUUGAAUCGUGGAAAGAAGUUGUUUUUCCCUCCCUUCUUGCAGGUGAUGUAUGUCACAAAGGGCUAAUAUAGCUUGCUUAUCAGCAUAACAUCCCGGUGCGUUUUCGUUUUAUAGCUUGCUUGGUUGAAACUGUUAUCUACAAUUAACAAAUCUUUUUUUUCUUUUCUUUUCUGUUUUGUUUUCCUUUAUUCUUUUCUUCUUUUCUUUUUUUAAAAAAAAAUGGAGCACGAAAGCACCUGGACAAACCACGAGGGAAAACCAUCAACGGCUUCCUUCUACAUACAUUGAAAACACUUAGGCUAUCCUGAGUACUUUUAGAUCUCUGGCUAAGAAUUGCAUUCUAAUUAAGUGGCGCCAUAAAAUUUGUAUAUGUCUGGUCAUCCAAGGGGAACUUCAUUCUUGUCGAAAUUACAGGGGCUUCAGAAUUUUUUCCCGGAAAUUUUAGAUGCAACACACCUCUGAAUUCGAAAAUUCUAGUUUUGCUUUUUACUAAGAAAAACAGCCUAACCUGAAGAGUGAAAUGUGAAAAAUUAAACUUUUGAAAGUCUUAGGGAAUUUAUUAGAUGAGCUUCGAAAAUUGUUUAAGCAAUCGCCCAAAAACGUUUUCCGUGUUUGACAACGCCUGAUAUAAAGACGACAGGGGUUGGGAGAAUUCGAGACAGUUAUGCAAACCCGAGACGAAGACGAGAGUUUGCAUAACUGUCGAGAAUAAACCAAUUCCGAUAUAUUGAAAUUAAUACUUGGCUGCGAGGAAACUUUUUUUCACGCCAUUUUUUUCCCGCCUGUUUAGACUUUCCCUUGCCCCCACCAUCUGCCCCUGGGUCUACGAGGAUGCGAGGCUUGGGGGAAUAGAACAAAAGAAAUCAUCCUGAGGCUCAAUAAGAAUAUUAUAUUCCUUUUGUUUUUAUUCCCCCAAGCCACAGAGCCAAGUAUGUAUUUUAAUAUGUCGUCUAAUCUCCCAACCUUUCGAAUGUUUACAUCAGGCUAUAUGCAAAUACAGGAGAAAAGUUGUCCUAUGCUUUUAUUAUUUUAUUAAUUAACUUUAACUUUUUUAAAAGCAUUGCACGCAAGCUAAUUAAAUGUGCCAUUUUUUCUGCACUUCGAAGCAUUUACGAUUGAUUAUGCAAUUCGCAUUAUUUUAUUGUACCAGUAAACAACAGCUCAAUUUAAGAUGAGAACAUGCCUUAAACAACAUUAUGCACCUGCUGGCAGCUAUUUGUAUUUUUCUCAAGUUAUUAACAGUAACACGUAGCCUGGGUGAAUACCUAUGAAUUGUUAACUGUCCCAAAUUUUGGUAACCAUUUUUCUUUUCUUAGACAGUAACGGAAAACCACCGUGGUUUAAAAGCGUUACUCGGCCCCUCCAGAACGGAAAAUGUUUUAGAAACAUAUGGAAAUAAAAGAAUGAUAGAAAAAUAGGUAAAUUAAUCUCUCACUAGGUGUUCUUACGUCAACUUACAGUUAAGCCAAAUAAUAAAAAUAGUAAUGUCCAAUUAUUUUGGCAAUUUACGUCAGUAAAUGAUGUAAGACUCCGGUUCUUCGGCCAGCGCGGAAAAGCCACGCACUUAUUCAUGUGCGCCGACAAUAUAAAAGUCAGCGGCUACAAGCAUUGAACAAAACAGAAAUUGAAAGUGGUGGACGAGGAGAUGAUGGCUGCGAAAAGACUAUUUUCAGUCAUAGUUUUUAUGAUUUUAAGCAAGCUUAAGGAAGUACAGAGUGACGAAGUAUGGCAAAAAGAACAAUUUCCAAACCCAGCGAGAGAUAUCGAAGCCUGCGGUCGUCGAGGGAAGGUUUCGUGGAUCUGUGAUCCCGACAACAUUCUCAGCUACGAAACUGCUAACAAGGUCGAAGAGCUUCUGUUUUCUGUAAGGAAGAAUACAGUUUCAGGUUGUAGCACUAGCAGCGAAAAUCCUGGAUUUCAAAUUGGUGUUGCAGUUAUGAAGAAAAUGCGUGGCGUUGCAGAUGAAUCUAUCGCUGUUACAGCUGAAAAUUUCGCUAAACACUUGCAUGACAGAUGGGGAGUUGGAAACGCGGGAUGCGAUGAUGGCGCGGUUCUCUUGCUUUCGAUCACAGACCGACAGAUUUAUGUGUCCACCGGAAGAGGAGCAAAGGAAAAGUUGACAGAUGACCAGAUCGAUGUCCUUAUCGAAGAAAUAAAGCCGUACUUGAAGAAGGAAAAGUACGACCAAUCUGUAGACCUUGCGGUUGUAAGGAUGGGCGAAGUUUUCAGUGGAAAGGUUUUAAAACAGCCGAUCGACUACGGGCUAAUCAUUUUCUCCGUCAUAUUUUUUGGGAUGGCUGGUUUUGGGCUGUACAUUGCAUUCAAGAGUGAAGAUGAGCGUUAUGAUUGCACCACAAAACUGGAAAGGAUCCAAGAGGAGCGAGACAGAGCUAAGCGGUCCCAGAAAUCCUAUGCAAGCAAGUCCUGCCCCAUUUGCUUGGAAGAAUUCGAGCCCGAGACCAAAAUCAGACUGCUAGCGUGUGGUCACAAGUACUGCGAGCCCUGCUUAGUGAAGUGGCUGGAGGAUCAUGUCACUUGUCCAAUAUGCCGAAAGGCAGCGGACGGACGUGGUGGCGUCAAUGGGGCCUGCCACUCAUCUACUACCUUUGACUUCACUCCUGAGCUUCAGUUCAGACUGAUGAUGCUUCAGUUACAGCACCCAUUUUAUAUCAACAGCAGCAUGGUAGACAGGUGGAGUAGCAGCAGCUAUACAGGAAGCUUUCUGUCUGAUCCUGUCUUUUUCAGAUCAUCCAUGCCUGGUGGUGGUAGUUUUGGAAGUGGGAGUGGAUUUGGUGGAGGUGGAAGUAGUGGAGGUGGAGGACGAGGGGGAAGCUGGUAGAGUAAGAUCGCCAGAUCAUAACUGAUCUAGUAAAACUAGACCCUGAAUUAUACUCUAGGUUCCACUUAGACAGUAAAAUCGAGACCACUUCAAAGAAAUAAUAACAGUAAUUAUUUAUUCCUAAAAAUCUGGAUAAAUGUACAGCUGAAAUAACACUACUGUAGUACUUGUAAUUCAUUUAUUUUGCAAGUAUGCAAAACAAAAUAUGUAUUAAAAAAUCAACAGGAUAAUAAAAUGUUUUAAGAUCUGAAGUCCACAUGAUCUUCAUCCUGUGUGUGCAUAUUAAAAAGCCUGUUGCACACACAGAGGAAUCCUCAGUUUUCAAGCCUAUGGGGAGUAAAGGAAUACUGUUUUGAAUUAUCAAAGAGCUGUGUUUGGUUGUGCAGGGGAAGACAGUUUUGGCUUAAAGUAUUGUGAGGUUUGAGAAGCCAAGGAUUUGUAAAAAUUUGUGAUUUAACUGUAUCAGCAUUACUAUGAAUGUUUCAUGGUAUUUGUGCUUCUGACCUAGUGCUAAGAUGUAGUUUAUGUAGUAAAUACCUUUAUGAGUUGUUUUGCACAUGGAUGACUGUUUUGCAGAAAUGGAAUGAGAACACUGUGAAAAUGAAUAUUUAUUGUUAAAGAAGUAGUAUUGAUAAAUAAAGAUCUUUAACUAAGCAGUAUUAUUAAGAAAUAAAGAUCAUUAAAAUACAUGUUUCUUAUUUUAAUGACUGUUGCAUGUUAAUUUAAAAUGUCUCAUGUGAACAAGAUUAAGGCUCCUACCAAGUUCCUUCGAGGGGUUGCAUUUCGAAAAUUGAAAGACAAUGUAAGUUUGUGUUGCGUCUUUUACUGUCUUUUAGCUUCUAGACCCAUUCCAAAGCUGUUUUGGUGAAGUUUAGAACACAAAACAAGGUGAAUUAUUUCGAAUCUCCUCAAAAAGAGGGAGUUUAAUAGAACACAAUUUGUUUAUUCCCAUACAUUCUCUAAUAAAAUUCAAUUUAAAGAGGAUCAUUGCAGUAAAAGAUACAAAAGAAAAAAAAACAGGAAGUGAAAAGAAAGCCUGAAAAAAAUGUUUGAGUUGAAGUUUUUGUUUUGCAACUACUUGAGUCGCAUGUUUAACUGGGAUGAUGAUCUUUAUAUUCAUUUCUUCUUUCUGAGGUUCAAAUAUAUAAAUUCAUAUAUCUAUCGUUUCAAAAUUUAAUUAGCCUGUGUUCACAGAUCACCCUCUAUAUUUUUCUCUUCAAAGUCCGUCGCGCGCGUGAUAAAAAGUAAAAACCGCGGGGGAUAUAUUUUUUUUUAUUAAACUCCCUUUUGGGCUACCUGUGGCUACGGACGCUGUUCAGUACAUUACAACAAUCAUAUAUGACGCACAGCCCUCUCUUCAGCAGCCGCUGGUUAAUUAUCCACUGAUAGCCGGCUCAGCUUUGAACAGCUGAAACCGGAAGUCGUUCAAAGUGUGUUCAGCUGUUACCUCCCAUUUGCUGUUAGCGAGCUGUUGAUUUUUCUUUUCAUUACAUUUCAAUAAUGAUCAGGCGAAAUAGUACUCAGGGAGCUAUAAGAGCAGGUAAGUGAACACUGCAGAUAGGUAAAUUAGAAAUGAGUUGGGUUUUGGACGAAAUAUGAUCUGAAGCGAAAGAACAGACAUUCGAUGUCUAACCCUCCGUGCAUGCUACAGUUGGUAUUUUUCUCACCAAAGACAAAAUUUCGUAGAUUAGGUGGAACUUUGGCCAGCUGUGGUUCAAUUUUAGAGGUUAACUUUUGCUUAUCAGUACAGAUAAGAAAGCCUCUUUCUUUCUUUUUCAUUGAUAGUUUGCGCGCCAAUUUUAAAUGUCACAUGUUUUAACUACACACAUUUUAUACCAUGCCAACCAAAAGAAAAAUUCUAAAGAGACGAAAACAAUCCUGAAGAACAAUGCUUGGGGUCAUAAAUGACGAUAUGGAAAUUCAUCCUAUGAAGAUUUUUGAAUUAAAGGUAAUGUUUUCCAGAAAUAUGAGAGAAAUUCUAAACUUUGUUUUUGAAGUACUAAGAAGCUGACAUUAUCUGACAAUGAAUCCCAUUUUGAAAUUCAUAAUGACAUUUUCAAAAGAUUACCAAAGAUCCAAAAUCCCUGGUCCAAAACAGGAUCUGGAAUUUACCUUCUUUGAUGGACUGGAUUUGGUAUUUUAGGGGUGUUUACAUGACACCGGGGCGACUUUCACCCCGAAGCGAGUUCACUCCGGUUCCCUCUCAUGGCUCUAUAUUUGUCUACAUGAUACCACCACAAAAUGUCGUGCCAGCGCAAGUCACCCCGGCAUGAGUUCACUCCGGCUCUUGUACCGCGGCGAGAAUUUCACUCCAGUACAAAAACUCGCAGCGGUAUCAUGUAAACGCGAAAUGACCACCCGUUUUAGUGUGAAAUCGGUCUGCCGGUAGACUGGAAUGGAUAGCGCAUGCGUAAUGUUGGCGAUUUUGAAUCACACAUGUAUUUUCAACAUGAAAUGACCCAGUCAUCAUGUAAACGCGAUAUGAAAUCAAAAAGUCAUCCCGUUAUGAGACUCGCACCAGUGCAAGUUUUCUCAUGUAAACACCCCCUUAGUGUAAAUAGGGAAACAAUAGCAUAAGUGCACGAAUGACAUCAGAGUGACUAAUUUGCAAUUUUUGUCUGAGUUUUGUCAUUUUUCUCAUUUUAAUGACAAGGACAGACAAACAUGUCAAAAGUGAGGAAUUUCUUAAUGUUAAUUUCAGUUUGUUUGUCUGCAUUUCGGGUCUAUAAAUAGUAACUGUGUGCAGCACUUUUGAAUCAAGAUUGUAAUGAUGAAUGGGAUAUAAUACCACCUGUUGAUAUUAUAUUGCUAUGCAUGAGCCCAUGAGUUGGGUGAUGUGAACCAUGAGGUACAUGUCGAGGCAUGGGGAUGAUUAUAAUGCACAUUUGUGUAGAACCUGUUAUGUUUUACUGAAAAUAAACAUGAGAGUCAGAGACCUGUUAGCUACAAUCAUUUAGUUGUGUUUUUACUGCCUGAAAGCAGUAUUUUGUAUUUUGUAUUUUAUGUUUUACUCAAUCCUAUAGAUAAUAAAUCAGUUGUACAAUAUUAAUUAGUACAAGGUUGAACAAGGUAGAACUACGCAUACAUAAUGUUAGCAAAAAAAAAAAUUUAGAAUGGAGAAGGGCACAUUAUAGUGAAACUAAUUAUAAUGGCCCUUUAACAAGAUUGACUUUAUUCUAGUUAUAGCUUUGUUAUUCAUUAAAACACAAACAUGCACGCACGCACACACACACAUGCACACAAGUCAAUAUUGAGCAAGAUAAUAUUUUGUAAGUGCCUUUUUUGAACAACAGGAACUCUUACACAAAAAACUAAAUUAUUUAAACACACAAAAAGGCAACAAAAUAACACUGAACUAGCCAGCUUCAAAAGACGCAGCCUUCAUCAUCGCUGACCGGUGACCCUACUCGCAGUGCAGAUAAGCAGUGGUUAUCAAGACCACUUAACAGGAAUUUAUGUUGAGGGAUUUGGGAAAUGAGAUAUCCCACCAUGCCCUCUCAUACACAUAACUAGUUGUCAAAUGGUCUGCCAAUAACUUAAGAACAAUCAUUCUCUCGGCUCAGUUAGGAGAGUGCUGGUCUGCACAGAAAAUCUUGGGAGGUGACAGGCUCUAGCGCUGGCCAAACGACUGACCAUGCAGGCUCCAGUUGUUUAAAAGAUGGUUCGCGCUACACACCAGAUAAUUAAAUCACUACCAAAUGGAUCAGUAUAAGGAAAAUGAAGAGCAUUAUUUACUGGAUAGAAUGAGAUUUAUUUGGCGCUUUAAUAUUUUAAGUGCUAUCCACCUUGGCCAGGUUGUUCAAAGCUGCGUUAAGAUAACCCAAGGUAUUAUAGUCUGGAAUGUGAAUUCAGAUAUCAAAGCAUGAUAGCAAAUUCAGUUUAAUUCUCUCUGUCUGCAAUUUGUUGAGAGGAUUCUCUGACUAGAGGAGAAAAUUAUCGGAGAAAAUGCUUUUGAACAAAAGAAGGAGAAACAUGGCUUAAAUUUAAUCCCAAGUUAGUGCUAAUCAGCCUUCGAACAAAUGGACCCUUAUGUUCAACUGGGGUCAGAGUCUAUACUGGUAUGAUAUUGCUGGUUGUGAUAAUUAGUUCAGAUGAUUGCAUCACUAGACGGUGAGUUAAGGCAUUGGCAUUGUCUUCUUUGUCUGUUCCUUUUUAGCUUGUCAAUAUUAUAAAAAGAGGAUGUAAAAAAGCGUUGAUUUAAUUUGCUUCCAUUAUUACACCCAAACUCUGAAGUUCAAAAGCCGCCUUCACAAUAAUUGCAUUUUUCACUGCUGUCAAUCAUAAUUAUGAUUACAAGCAACAAACCUUAAAACACAGAAAUGCACAAAAUGGAUUAAAAUCAACCAAUCAGAAUUCACAUACAGUGUACCAGCACCUUUUGAACUCCUUGAAAUAGAGUUCUGUUUCCUAAGAGGUCUGCUACGAUGAUUGAUGGCAGCAAAGAAUGCAAAUUUUAAUUGGCUAUUGAAGUUCAGAAUUCACUUGUUUUUGAAAAGCACAGUAAGGCAAAUUUAUCUUUCCUUCAAUGAGCAUUAUAACCACCCAGCAUGUGUAUUUCUGUAGAGCUUAUAGAUUCAAAACCCAAAUUAUGACUUGUUAAUUAAAUUAGCCAACAACAUUCUAUUAAUUAAAACAUAUAAAUAUAAAUAUAGUUUUACUCUGUAAAGUUCAGUAGAUAUUAAAUUAAAAAGCUACACCUUUUCUGAUCUCCCUGCUUAUGAUAUAUCUAUUUCUGCAUUUCACUCUUCUUACUUUUUAUGCUAGGUAUCCAUCGGCACUUUUAAGAUGAAAAGCCAAGAGGACAACAAAGUUAAGUUAGAACAACUCAAGAAGCAUGGACCACUUCCUUUUCCUGAGAUCUUAUUGUACUGGGUUUUGUGGAUCUCAAUGUGUUCAUACUCUAUGUAUAACAUCUUUAUAGCCUCACGAGGUAUGGCGUCUCAAACUACUGUGUACAUGUAUGUGUUAAUUAUUGUCCCAAGGAUGAAAUGGCACCUGUCUCAACAUUUUAAUAUUACUCCAAACCAUUUGGAAACAAGCAUCACUUUCUCUAUAAACAAUAGACUUCCGUUAAUUUAAGGAUAUUUAUUAAGCUCUCCCCUCCAUUUGACCUUGUACCUCAUUUCUGCCUCAGAUUGUUAAGAAAAGAUAAUUAAUAAUAUUAAUAUUAUUCUCAAAUUAUUAAUGUUUCACUUUGAGGAGCACUUCAAUCAAGAUUUAGUAACAUUAGAUCCCAUUAUGUUGCUCAAAUACUGACAGUCAACUCUCUUGAAAAAAAGCACCAGUUUUAGCUAAAUCUUUGGGCCCCAAAAUAUUACAACUAUGUCACACCUUGCAAAAUAUUUCUCCACCUGUUUCCUAGAUGUAUAACCACGAGGUUUGCAGUUACUAUACGCAAAUCCGUUAGGUGUUUUGUGGUCAAUGUAAAAUUCAGUUUAUUUUAGGUAUGUAUACAGGUACUCUUCGUUGUAUUGUAAAACGCCCUGAUGAAGGGUGGGCUAGACACACGAAACACAUAGGAGACAAUAAAACAAUUUUACAACUCAAGAAGUUCGCAGAAGUGCUUCUCACUGGUUUAUCCUUUUAAAAAAUAUAUUCUAAGGAUAUUCUGAAGUAACCGAGGGACAGCAAGAUGACAGGCUGUUUUAAGGGGGUGAUUAUAUAAUGUGUUUAUUGAGAAGGAGGUUCAUGAAUAUUCAUGAAUUGAGUGUACUUCCUGAUGUUUGGACUGGACCACCGCUACCUGUAACCCCCCCCCCCUCCCCCCGCCUGUUUCCUUCCUACCUGGUUCAUGAUUUGUGUACCUGAUAAAGAAUUAUUUUAAAACUUAGUCUUUAACUCUCUGUAGAGUCUGCCAUAGUCUGUUGCUUCAAGGUCUGGGGGUUACUCUUUGGGUGGGGAUGUGCUACCUUGACCCCCAAACCCUUAGCCAAUACCAGACCUAAUUUGAGUAAAGAUUGCUAGACUAAACUCCACUAACCCAUUCCAAUUCUAGAGUCGCUAUUCUCCAAAACUACUGAGAGUCAAUUCCCUGUUUCCCUUGCCCAGACUAAAAUCUUUAACCAGUUGAUCAUUUUCCUGGAAAAUAAAAACCUAUUCAAGACCCAAACUCUCUGAUUUGUAUGCCCGAUCCCAGACUUACCUGUUUGAAAACCACACCCUUCACAGCGUUAUUACCUACCGGUAUGUUUGUAUAUACAAUGUAUAUAGCUUUCAUACAUGUAUGACAUUUUUUACACCCUCACGGGCUCUAAGGGUUCUUUUCAAAACUCUUGUCAGAGACAAAGUAUUGUGCUUGUUUCAUAAAAAUUGCUAUCAGAGUGACCAUCCUCUCGCUGUUCACAAGAGGACAAGGAGAAAAAAAAAGUUUUAUUUGUUAUGUCCUUGUAGGGUGUUGUUCUUUCACUUUAUUAUGUUUCAAUUUUCAUAGAACAUAAAGAUGAAAUCUACGAAGAGGAUUUAAAAGAAGGAUGGACGUUUCUGGGGAGAAAAAAGGUCCAUAUAGUUUUUAUUGUUGUUCUUGUUGUUUUUUUAUUCAAAUGGGGUGUACCGGUAUGUCACUUUUAUUGUAACACCAUAUCAUUGGUACAGACUAAUCCACUGAAGUUUCACGCGUGAGAGGCGAGCGAAGCAAAAUUUUCACGCAACUCGCCCGAACUCGUCCAUGUGAUGAGGAGCUAUAAACACGCAAGUAGACACGUCAGGAAAUAUCCUUGAUGUUUGAGGCGUCUUUGGAAAUAGCUGCAGUCAGUUUAACUUAUGAGGAUCAUCGCAUCUUUGCGUUCAUCACCUUAUGACAUGACCUUUACUUGCGCUGCGACUGGAAGUGAUGGGCGGCGUUCGGGUGUUUGAGUUUCAGCAAUUGCAGCCUGCGUAGCAGGCGCAAAGAGGAGGGGAGAGAGAGAGAAAAACGCGAAAUGGAAAAUCCCCCUCCCUUUUCUUCCUCCUGCUGAUCCACUACCCCUUUCAAAUUUCAAUACCUUCUACGUACGCCAGAGAAAUUAGUGCACGGUUCUCGACUUAUCUCUCGUACUGAACAGUAAUAAAAUACAAUGAAAUAAUUGAUUUGCAAUAAGGUUCCAUUUGUGAAAUUUAUGUUUGAUGCACUUGAAAGCAGUUUCAUUGUCAGUUUUUUUUUUAACAAAUCUAGUUAGCCCGCAGAAUACGGGCGCUAUUUUUUUGCGUUUUUCAGGCGAAUAGGACGUGGAGCGCGAGACACGCGCGAAGCGGGAAGAAAAAUUGAUAGUACGCCUGUUCUAUGCAGGCUAAAAUCUAGUGAGAUAGAUGUUCUUCACUUUCAGAAGCACUAAAUAACUUUUUUUAAAAAAAUGUAGGAUGUAUCAGAUUUUGAAUGGGAAUUUUGGACAAGAACAGUAGCAGUCAUAAUACCUGCCAUGUUGGUUCACAUGAUUGGAGGACUCGUUUUUUCUCGUUUCUUUCCUCAGGUGAGAUCUGUGGUGAUUGAAUUUGGUUUUUCCAUAUAAAAAAAAACAAAAAACAAUUUAGCUCAAUUUGAGAAAUGUUUGACUCAGAAUGUAUUUAAAUUAGGUUCAUACUCGUCAACCUGUUCUAUAUUUGAGCACCAAAAGGUCGCGAGCUCUUCAAUAAGCGAUCUUUUUCGAUGAUUAAGACUUGGUUUAGUACCGGGCUCGAGGUAUGUUUGUAGCCCUUGUGUACCCUCCCCACCCCCCUUCCUCCCCGACCCCUAUUCCGCGCUUGCAACGCAGCCCGCUCAUCCCCAGGUAGACGUUCAGAAAAGUCCUUCGUCCGAUUUAAUGUGCGCAACUAAGUCGCUCACUUGGCUACUUCGCGGCCUAAAAAGCCCGCUCCGCUCGCUAAGAAGCUCGUGAGGUUGACUUGUAGCAAGUCUAAUCCCCAGGACAUCUUCGCGCGCCGGCUGGAGGUUUUUCGCCACGUGCACAAAUUUUGUAGCGCUUCAACCAAAGACGUGUUUUUGGAAAACUUUUCAUUUACUUGCAAAGUGACAUAUUGCCUAUUUAGUAUUUCCGACGAUAUAAGGCCCUCACUUAGUUUCUAUAGCAGGGUCACAUUGACGUACACGUGUCAUUUCGAAGGCGAACUGACAUAUAAGACGUAGGCGAAUCGACUCUAGUCGUAGGCGAACAGACCGUAGGCGAAACGACCCGUAGGCGAAACGACCGGAUACCAUUUUGAUUCCCCAUCACAAGCUAUAGGAUCGGGUUCAGUUUUUUUUUUUGCUAAGGCUUGCGAAGGGCGAAAGCUCUCGCCCUAACUUCCAGGCAACAGAUUGAACUUUUUUAUACGGAACUUAACGACUGCAGGUUAAUUAAUCCAUUUUCAUUUCUUCAUUACCGUAGUUCAAAGCCAUCUAUUGCCUGAUGUUUACAUUGUCUUUUUGGCUCUAUGCUACUGGAUGGAAAGCAGUCGUCUUUAUGAUCGCUUACUGUCUGAUUGUCUAUGGAUUUUGUGCUGUCUUCAAAUCUGUUAUCGUGCUGUGGACGUGUUGCGUGGCUCUUUCGCUUUCUCUCCAGAUCAACGUCACUAGAAUCUGGCAGGUAUGAUUAUGAUAUUGCGAUUCUUCGUAAGUUUAAAACAACCUGAGCCUGUUAUAGAUUAUUGUAUUAAAGCAAGUGCGUUCCUUGGAUUUUCCCGAGGUAGGCGCGCAGAUUUCAAAUCAUCUCUACCCGGUCUCCCGGCAGAUUGGCCAUGCGGGCAACUUAAAGAUACAGUCAAAGUCAGCUUUACAGACCAGUGGCGGAUCCAUGAGAUAAGGGAGGCCCGGGGGACCCGGAGGGCCCGGCCCUCCCUUAUCUCAGGGUCUGGAUGACCCACCCCCCUCCCCCCCCUUAUCUGAAGGUCUGGAUCCGCCACUGCGACACCCGCUUAGUACGGACGCCUCAUUAUUAAUGAUAAGGUAAUUGGACCUUAGACUUCAGGCAGCAGUUUGGACUUGCGCGUGUGGCAACUCGUCUUGUAAAUUGCUCGUUUUGCUUUGAAAAAGUAUCCGGUAGAAGUAAACCCGGAGUUACAUGGUCCCGGCAAUUCCGCCUUUUUCAGCUUUUUAUCUACUGCUCACUCCUUUGCUUUGUUUUUCUAUGUUGUUUUUGUUUUUAUUUAUCUUCGCCCUUUUUUCAACGCACUUGCCUCCGCAGCGCUCUACCGGGAGAGAUUGCUCGCAGGCUAUUUUUUUCCAACUAGUGGUCUAUUAACAAUGCUCCGUUCUGAUUGGUUGAGCUACUACUAGGCCAUAUGUUAUAGCCCACUAGUAGCGAAAAGCGCAAGCUUUUUGGCGGCAAGAAAGCAUUAAAGUCUAGCUUUAACUAGCUAAAGUUGUUUUGUCUCAAUAUUUUUGACCAACAAUUAUUCCUCCCGACCUCGUGGCCUCUGAGUCAAUAGCCCAUUUGACCUUCGGCCUCUCAGCUCAGAGCCCAUUUGGGCUCAAGGAAUAAUUGUUAAAUAGUGCCAAGGACGCGAACUUUUCUUUUCUUCCCUUGUGCACGCUCCUCCUCGAAAUUCCUCCCUUCGCCCAACCAUCGGAGGUAUUCAAAGAGGAUAGCGACGGCAAAUUGUUGUUGCUUGAAAUAUUUAAAAGUCUUAAGUGCUUUCGGAACUUUACGGUAAUAAUUGUCACGUCAAUCAUUAUUUCUUAGAUCGAUGUUCUCAGCACCGAUCCUCAAAUAAAGAAUCUCAUCUUGUUUGCGUCCAUGAUGUCCGUUUUACGAUGUAUAAGUUUUGGAGUUGACUACUGCUGGCGGUCACGUGAAACACAUAAAGACAAACCACUGAAGCCUUACUCUUUAAUGGAUCUUCUCGUCUACAACUUUUACUUCCCAGUGUUUGCCAAUGGACCAGUUAUCACUUUUGAUAAUUUUCAAAAAACGGUUAGUGCAGCUAAUUGUAGGCUAUAAACACUGAGGUAUAUCUCGUUGAAGUACAAAUAAAAAAUGACAUCACUCUCAACGCAAGAAGUUUUUGAAAUUCGAAUAGAGUUGUAUAAAUGGGAUCGUGUGUUCUUAAAGCUGAAGUGAAGGUUUUUCGGACGAUGUUGUUAUAUUAAAUCGCAUGUCUUCAAAAUGGCCAUAAAUGGUGUGAAGCUUGUUUAUAGUUUCAAAAAAAAGUAUAUCGUGGAGAAAUUUGUGGGUCUAGUGUAAGCACGCUUGAAGGCUAUUGCAGUUUUUGUGUGGUUCCAACCAAUGGUGGAGCCACUCUAAUGCCGGCACACCAAAACUCGAACCACAUUGUUUAUAAUUGAGCUUGGUUCACAAGAAAUCACUGGUGUGAACCUGGUAGGUUCACCAUAAGAUAUAGUUCUUUUAUUUUACGAGCUUUUGUGAACCAGCGAAUAUGAGAAACCAUUUUCCUUUCGUCUUCGAUAUUUGUAUUAGGAAAUGUAUAUACCUGUAUUUUGGAAAUGCUUUUAUUGCUUUGGCAAGGAUAAUAGAAUGGUGUUCGUAAGUAAAAUUAAAAGAUCCGUCUCCAAUCCGCAAAGCUAGUUUUUUGUGAGAGAGAGCUGACAAGGAAAACCAAAAUUCGUGUUGACGCCAGUUUCACUACAGCUAGGUUCACCACCAAGCUAUGUUUGUGAACAAAACUCUUUGAAUCCCUUUUUUACUGUACUGUUUAAGCGUGAGAAACUGAUGGUCUCUCACGGGUGGUGACAGGCUGCUUAUCCUGCCGGGCAAUUUCUAGUCAUAAAUCUACGGUAAAACGGGCGACAACAAACGUGCAACUAGUUUCGCAACAUAAUUGAAAAAGCGUUGUUGCGCGUUUUACCAACAGCGUUUAAACCUAUCUUGCAACAAAUCAGGUCGUUGCAAGGUGCGUGAAUACGAACCUCGGAGAAUAGUCCAUUUUCGAGUUCGCUAUGACCGCUGAAUUAAAGAAGUGAAGACGCAUUUUUAGCCUUAGCCUCUAUCUGAAGUAAUAUAUUCACAAAUUCCAACGAGAAAAAGACCUGUUUAUUACUCUGUCUAUUGUGUAUGUUCAAAUUUCAAAUACUUACUUGCCAGAAUUUCUGAAUAUUUUACUUUACGUCGAGGCUAACCCUGUAUGAAUGUAUCGUUAAUGUUUGUAUUCAGCGGUAAUUUUUAAUUCGAAACUAGAGUAUAGGUGGUUUUCACGUUACGUCAUCGCCGCCAUGCUGGUGGACGGUAAACAAAAGAUCGCUCAUUAGCUCGCUUUGUUUGUCCACCAGCAUUUGUUCAUUUCACCAUUGUUAUUUGUGUCUCCCGAGAUUGCAUGAAAACCACCUAUUGGUUAAAACUACACGCGAGUUACACCAUACGCGCGAGUUACGUCACUUGCUGCAAACAAGUUCGCCGUGGAAAGUUCGGUAAAACACGCAACAUGUACAGAUUUUGUUGCAAAAAGUAGAACAACCCUCUUCUUUCUGCAGUAACUUUAGGGGUCCUGCAACAACUUGAUAUGUUGCAGGACUGGUUCGUGACUCGUGGGUGGUAAAACGCGCAAAAUCGGCGCUAUUCAACUCUUUUGCAGCAGUGAUGCAAAACACGUUGCAAGUUUUUGUUGUCCGUUUUGCCGUGGCUUUGACAAGAUGAAUCGAUUUUAUUCUCCAUCCAGUAAUUAGGGGUUGGUAGCUACGACCAUGCCAGCGAUGGCAAAGAAAAUUUCACAUAGUUAAAAGAAUUUUCCUAGGGUUGAAUUGUUAGGAACCGUACCCAUAGUUAGUCGUCCUACAUAGGUCGUCAGAUGAGGAAAUUUCACGUUGUUUCCAGUGCAGUGACGGAAUGUACCAAAAGGUGUGAUCCACGUGCAGAGUUGUGGUUGUUCUUCGCUUAACGCUGUUGUUGCCUUCGCGUCGUCGUUGCCAAAAUUCCCCUCAAUAAAGCGCUUACUUCACUUCGAGAAAUCAAUGGUGUUAUUUAAUAAUCACGUAUUAAUUUACUGCUUUUUGACUUUUUUCAGUUUUAUCAACCUUACAAGUCUUUUACCCGCGACGAAAUCAAGUCACUUCUCCAAGACACGGUGCGAACAAUAUGGUGGUACAUAUUCCUGGAAAUCUACCUUCAUUUCUUUUACUCUACAGCCAUCACAUUAGAUCCAAGAAUAUUCAGCUCUCUUUCCAACUGGGCCCUUGCAGGAAUCAUGUACUCUCAGCUAAAUAUUUUCCUUGUGAAGUACAAAGUAUUUUACAUCGGCACUGGAGUGUUCGCGCGGAUCGAUGGAGUCACUGCUACCUUGCCUCCGAGAUGUGUAACAACGCUAUAUCUCUUCUCCGAUAUGUGGAAGUAA